GCGACUUGUAUACAGUAUAUAUAUUCAAAGGUGUGACCGGGCAGUCAAACGGGGCACUGGUCUCGCCCGGGCGGACAGUGUCCCAGUGCGCGGCGACCGCUCAGCCCGCCAUGCGCCGGAGGAACGCCGUGGAGAUCCGCUCCCGCAGCAGCAACAAGUUCUUCCGAGGAUCACAGAUACAAACUAGCUAUGAUUCUGAGGACAAUGGCGUGUAUUCAGACUUCAGAGUAGAUUCGAGGUACGACAUGGUGAAGGAAAUACCGUUCAGUGAUUUUCGUAAGUAUUGUCGUAAUGAGAAGAGCUGCAAAACAAACAUAAACUGGAAAGACAUUAUACUCCCAUUAAUUGAUCCUGAAGACAUUGAAGAAGGAAAAUUGUUGUACGUACCCGGUAGAAAACAGCCCAAAACAAGCUCAGUUAAUAAAGAAAAUGUUGUUCGUGGUGUUCGACAAAAGAGUUUCAAUGAGAAAACAGAGUUAGUGAACUUAAGAGAGACCAAUGUAACGAGAAUUCGUUCACCUAUCUUACCACAGAAUAAUGAUUAUGAUGAAUUUGAUGCUUUAUUGACUCGUACACAGACAAGUUCACAAACUGCAGGACAAAAAAUUAGCGAACACAUAAAAAUAGUAAACAAGAAAAAUGAGAUUUCAACACCUUUUCCUUUACGAGUUACAACGAAUCAAAUUAAUGGUGAUAAAACAUAUAAUGCUGCAUGUGUUCCACGAUUCAGCUUUCCUUUCACGAGCUCUGAUCACGAACAAGCUCGUCAGUGUAGUGAAGCCAGAAUCUACCAAAGAACUCGUGCGCCGAAGUAUACAGCUGUUAGUUUGACCUCCGCCACAAAAUCUCGCCGAAACGCUGCGAAAACCAAACCCAAAACUAAUCGCAAAUCUUCUGUUGCAGAAGCCCCUUCGACCCGAGGUAAAAUUAGUAUCCCGUCAAGGAAAACCAAUAUUGUGAAUACACGGGUCGUUUUAUCUGAACCUGGAUUUGAGUUUCCAGACUUUGACAUUGAAACUGAAGAGCUGCAAUAUGACACAAGAAAGCCGAGCCAUUUUAUUUCUGCAGCUGCCCCGCGCCAGUUGAAGCCUUAUGAAAUUGGGCUGGUGAACCCGGCCGGCAGCAACAGGUGCUGGCUGAACGCCACUCUGCAGGUGCUGCUGGGCAUGUCGCGGCUCCUGCAGGACCUGCGCCAUGCCGAGCAGGACGGGAGCAGGACCCCCUCGCCCGUGCUGCAGGAGCUGCUGCGCCUGGCGAGGGCCAGGGACCGCGGCGAGGGCGCCGAGGUGCGCGCGGCGCUCGCGGCCUUCCACGACUCGCUGGUGGCGCUGGACCCGGCCUUCACCAGCGGCCGCCAGCUGGACGCCGCAGAGUUCCUCACCAGGCUGCUGGAGUACCUCGGCGCGGGCCCAGUCUCCAGCAACCUGGAGUUCGUGCUGGAGACCCGCGCGUCGUGUCCGAGGUGCUCCAGGAGCUGCCUCAGCGAGGAGGUGCACAGGAUGCUACUCCUCGGAGUCGCCGACGCCAGCCAGGAAGUCCACCUGCAGGCUCUGGUGGAGUCGUACUUCACCGCAGAGGCCCGGCGGUGCGAGGACUGCAGUGCCGAGUGCAGGGGCCGCACUGCCUUCAGAGCGCUGCCCAGGUUCCUCAUCAUACAGCUGAAGCGGUACGUUAUGCAAGAUGGCGUUGCACAGAAGAUUUGCCAAGCUGUUAGAAUCCCUUCAAAUCUCUUCAUGCAGAAAUCGUAUAGUAAUGCGUCAUAUCAAAGUGCACAUCAGCAAAGCUCGCCGAAAACAAGUUCAUCAGAAGCAUUCCCAGACACUGCUGCCCAAUCAAACAUGGAUUCCCACUACAUUCCACGGACGAGAACUCCUGGUGAUGAAUACAGCUACAGAUUGAUGGGGACAGUCAUCCACCAUGGCUCAAGCCUACACUCAGGCCACUACGUAGCAGACGUGUACAGUUGGCAGCAGGGAGCGUGGUACCACUACAACGACAGUUCCGUCUCGCCGAUUACGGAACAGGAGGUCCUGGGCUGGGACAGACAGCGGAACAGUUACAUCCUGGUCUACCUGUCCAGCCUAGAUGCCCGGAACUGUGCGAGGGAGUAAGGAAUAACCUGAAUAAUUGAAGAAAUGGCACAUUCUCUGAUAAAGUUGUUAAAUAUGCUACAGAGGUUUAUGUUUAAAUAUAUUUUUUUUAUAUUUAUUAAAUUUACUGUCAAAGUAUUGUUCUUGGAGCCUGCUCCACUUCAUAUCCAUGUCCUCUUGGCACUAUUAGUUUAUGGAUUAGCAGCAGUCAAAAACCACACAAUUACAUAAAUGUGGAUAAAACACACGAUAGAAUAUAAUCAUGUUCAAAUACAUUUUCUUGCACAUUCAUAUGAAUUUUAUGGUGC